GUUAGUUUCAUCCUCAUUAUUGUUUUUUGUAACCGCCGCACAAUCAUUCCCCUUAGUGUACUGUUUAGUUGGACUAGGAGGAUUUGCUGACAGUCCUUGAUUAUCCCCUUUGCCAUGCUUGGCAUUUCAGGGGCCUUUUUCCCUCGCUUGACCUAUUCGGGCUUAUCAUGGGCCAUCGAAGGGUCCUCAUCUGGAUGGUCUGAUGGAGAUGAGCCACUGUUGUAAUAAUUUGAUUUGCAUAGAUUUGCACAGCCUAGACGCAUCUUUCGACCAGCUGAAAAUGGCAGGUUUCUAUUAUUUCCCCCCCGUCUAAUUCCCACCACUGGAAGCUCGGUGCAUGUUACCCCAUACCAGUUAAUUGGUACUUGAUGCCUGGUUUGGGAUUUAAUUUACACAAUGUCUUUGUUCUUGGCACCAAGCGUGACGCAGGAAAUAAUAAUAAGAGACAUCCUUCUCUUUUUUUUCUCACCCGCGUAAUUUUCAGUGUUCCUAUUCCCCUUCUCUGUGUGGCCUGGGCAUGCUAUUUGAAAACCGUCGCCCGCAAAUGGGCAGUUGACGUUUCUAUCCAUGGGAGAAUUAUCGGCUGUCAGAUCGUCAACGAACGAAUACUCGGGAUGGGACGAGGAACGAACCGAAUUUCUACGCGCGCAACCUAAGUCCACACCGAAAAUGGGGUUAGAUCGCGAAUGGUGGAUGCGCCAUAUCGACCGCCACCUAUUAAUGAAGAAAUUCGAUUUUAGGAGGUUAUUAAUCGCGUUUAUCGCUAUCGUCGGUUUAUCCAUUGUGGUUUUCGAAGUCACCCAUCACGAUUUAUACAGACUUGCACCUUUCCAACGCCCAAGCGCAGAUAUUGGCACACCUGGACAAUGUACAACAUGGCCUGUUGACCGAGAGGGCCAGUAUACUCCACUUCGUGCGCUUUCUAAUGGAACGGCGCCGAAAUUAAAGUCCCAUGCCCCUAAGACUGGCUGGAAGAAGCCCACUGGUAUCAGAAUUGUCGCAUUGGUAUUCUAUGGUCGAAAGAGGACAGUCGAUUUUCUAGACUGCUACCUGCAACAGAAUUUAGUCACAAAUGGCGGAUAUCUCGACGAAAUUCGAUUUAUGGUCCACACGAAUAAGGAAGAAGAUUUGAAGUACCUGGAAGAAUUGGUUGCGCAGAGGGAGGAACAUUACCACAUUGUACAAGGCGGCGAAUGCGAAGGAUCGAGUUACGGUUGCAUUUGGGACUCGGUCGUAGAAGAAAAUACUAUAUACGUAAAGAUCGACGAUGAUAUCGUUUUUAUUCAUCCAGAUGCAAUUCCUCAGUUGGUUCAUACCAGGAUCGCAACACCCCACCCAUUCGCCGUCUCAGCGAAUUUGGUCAACAGUCCUUUAACGGGUUACGAGCACUUCCACGUUGGCGCCAUUCACGCCUUCCGACCCGAUCCUAGAGAGAAACCGUCGCACUUUGCCGCCGAAUCAUGGCGACCCUCGGAGAAGGAUCUUUUCCCAUCGUCUGACCUACCGGAACUCAACAUCAGUGACGUCGACAGCAUUGAUCUAGAUGCUGAAAUAUUCCCCAAUCGCUCCUAUUAUGGCCACCCGUUCUUGUUGCUCUCCAACGAUAAUUUCGACUUGAUGAAGACACCAAUGGGUCUCAACUAUCUCCGCGGUGGUGACAAGGGUGUCGAAUCCAUGUACGAGGCAGCAUGGAAGUCAUGGGCUAUUGCUAGCCAGCAGCAAUACUCGCUCCUAAAGAACCUUGAGGAUAAUGCCAUAUCGCGCUACUUCUUCGGCUCCCCGAUGGAAUUCACGGGCCCUAAGAACACGUCCACAGUCGCUCUGAAACACUACCAGGCGCAAGGUAAGAACGGCCCUGGAGCUGAGCAGCUGUACAAUACCCAGUACAAACGCUACAACCUGAACUUCGUGGCGCUAUGGGGUCAUGAUAUCAAGGCCGCGCUACCAAUCGCUGAGGAUGACGAGCAAGACAUCACAGUGACGAUCCCAAAACGAACAAGGCGCCCGUUUGUAAUUGAUACCCGGAGUGUAGUCGGCCACUUGAGCUUCUAUCCGCAGCACGAGGGAGUGCGUGAGACGGAUUUGUUGGAUCGGUGGAGGGCGUUUGCAAACGAUAUGAUUUGCUCGCCGCGGAAUCAAAAGACGCCAUUUGAUGUUAGAUGUCCUGGGUUCUAGAGAACUUAAAGGAGUAGGGCGUUAGGGGGGGGAGAAAGGUAAUAGAAAGGAAAAUGUUAAUAAAUGCCCAAUUGAAACGCGUAAUGAUUUGAAUGAUGUUAAGUAGUGAUGACGUACCUUGAUUUCUGUAUCCCUUAUCGGUGUACGAGUAUAAGGUGGGGGGUAUACGAUAUGGUAGGGAAUGUACACUACGGGCAUGUCUCCGAUAAAGAACCUUCCCAUCAACAUUCCUUCCCUAAAUUGU